CCGAGGUGAUCUGAAUGUGUCACCCGGAAGUCGAUAAAACAAUCUGUUACAAAUACUCAGAAACGAUGUAAAAUAAAUUAGGAAUUAACGGUUUUGAAAGCUGUUCUAGUUCAUACAGAUCAUUUUACACUAAAAGUCGUCUGCUGAAAGAUUAAAGCAUGUUCAAGAGUAAUACGUCAACCCAAGUGCACGUGCUGACCUUCCUGUCGAAGACACAUUUUGACAAAGGUCGUUUUGCCGUAAGCGUUGAGGUCAUUCGGAAGAAAACUGUCGACUCUGUUAAACAGAAGAGAAAAGCCGAAGAGCAGGUUUACAUAGAGCAUGAAAAUGUGGUCGGAAGUUGCUCCCCAGAAUUUGAGCUUCCACUGAAGGAAAAGAAGUGCGAUAUUCAGUUUUCAAUAUCCGGGGCUCUGGCACCACGGUCAGCGUUAGAACCGGGGGAGGACAUUCUGGAAUAUAGCGAGUCUUUGAGUGAAUGCAGAAAACAUUUAUCACUGGUUCCCACAUAUGAUGAAAACAGCGAGGGGAAUGCCACGAUCAAGUUCAAGGUCGACGGUAGAGUGAAGCAUACGGUGACUAUACAUGAGGUACCGACGAUCAGAGGGGUCAGCAUUUCCAGUAACUCGAGCUCGUAUGCAGACGUUACAGGCGCACCGUCUAGGCAGACAAGCGUCUUUAGCAGCAGUGUGAGUUCGCAGUCGUUGGGAAGCUUGGAUCCAUCAUUGAGUUACAGCAAUGAUGCCGAUGAUUCAGUUGAUGCAGGAACUGUAAGGGAGCUGAACACUUCUUCCUCAGGUGAGGGGCAUUGUAGUGGCAGUGUUGAAGCCGAUAGGAUACCAGACGACUCUCUUGACCGAUAUCCACCACUGAACCAAGCUAUGG